AUGGCCGAUGCCACAACCUCUGUUGCCGCCUUGUUUAGCAUUUGUUCCACAGCUGUCUACAAAGCUGCAAAUCUUUGCCACAAACAAGUGGUUAAACAAAUGGCAGAAAAUUCGGUAGCAGAAAUGCUCAACGGACUUGUGAAUAUUAGCCACAAAACGAAUAAAACGUGGUACGAGUGUCCAGCAACCCGACAACAGCCGCUCGGCAACCAUGACGAAAUCACCCAGAAGCAACCCCCAAUAACCCAAAGCGGGAGACGUGAGACGAUCGUUAAAAAUGUCGAUGCUAUUCUGAGGAGCUCUGGAUACUAG